UCAAAGCCGGGGAAGCCAAAAAAAAGAAAUACAAAUAAUCAAACGCCAACAUAUCGCAUUAGACGUAGGGAGAUAAAAACCAAAACAAAUGAGGACAUCAAACAGGAUAUUAGAACAGGAUCACUGGAAAAACCAGAGCUUCCUGCAUUGUCGUGGACCGUGUGCACACUGUAAACAGCUCGGUGGUUUCCACUGCUAGAAAACCUGAGAUAGAAAGUGAAACAGACCGAGAACAAACCACUCUCACAAAACAGACCGAAGGACCUUUAAAGCGUGCGUUCUCUUUAAAGAGGCUGAUCUCGAGACCUACAGGAGCGCCAUCACUCACUAGCAUCCUGUUUGAUGGAGAGCACGAACUGUCUUGUCAGCCAAUCACAGGUGUGCGUUUCUCACCGAUCUGCUCAUACUUCCACUCCAUAUCACACCAGCUAUAAAACUCCUCGCUCCUCAACCUUUGUACGGUGCGUUAGCGUCAGUGUUCAUCCCGAGUCCGAGCUCCUCACCGCUCAUUCAGCAUGGACCGCUCGGCCGCACCGUGGACAUUUCGGAUUUGUAUCGUAGCUCUCCUGAGCUGCGGGGUCGGGGCUCUGCCGACAAGCAAAGUAACAGAGUAUGAUGUAGAUGGUGGAAAAGAGGAUCUAUUUGCAGUCAAUCAAGCGGCUGGACUCGACCUCUUUGAGGGAGAUAUUUUAUAUGAUGAGGAACAAGCGAGGAACUCCUUAAUUGGGGAUCAGUACCUAUGGCCCACCACUGUGCCGUACUAUUUUGAAGACGAUUUGGAUAUUAACGCCAAAGGUGUUAUUAUGAAGGCGUUUGAACAGUAUCGCCUGAAGACCUGCAUUGACUACAAACCCUGGAGUGGAGAAAAGAACUACAUCUCUGUGUUUAAAGGCAGCGGGUGUUUCUCCUUGGUUGGGAACCAACGUAAAGGAAAGCAGACCUUAUCCAUCGGAGCAGGAUGUGACCGAAUCGCCACCAUUGAACAUGAGUUCCUUCAUGCGCUGGGGUUCUGGCACGAGCAGUCACGUGCCGAUCGUGACGACUACGUCACCAUCAUGUGGGAUCGCAUCCAAGCAGGCAGUGAGCACAAUUUCAAUAAAUACGACGACACGACUUCAAGCUCCCUGAACGUACCUUAUGACUACGGUUCCAUGAUGCACUACAGCAAGACUGCCUUCCAGAAAGGCACCGAGCCCACCAUCGUCACCAAGAUUCCCGCCUUCAGCGACGUCAUCGGCCAGCGCAUGGAGUUCAGCGACAGCGACCUGCUCAAGCUGAACCGGCUUUACAACUGCACAAGAUCCACAACUUUCCUGGACACCUGUGACUUUGAGCUGGAGAAUAUUUGUGGUAUGAUCCAAGGUCAGGGUGAUAACACAGACUGGGAACGUGUCACCAAGGCAACUGGUGGACCCGACACAGACUAUUCCAACAUGGGACGCUGUACUGGAACAGGCUACUUCAUGCACUUCAGCACAGUCAGUGGCAGUAAAGGGCACACUGCUCUGUUAGAAAGCAGGUUGCUCUACCCUAACCGCAACUACCAAUGUCUACAGUUCUUCUACUACCACAGUGGGAACCCCAAUGAUAAGCUGGAGAUCUGGGUGAGAGAAUACAAUGAAGCCAACCCUAGCGGAACACUACGCAUGAUCGAGACAAUAACUGGACUGCCCGAGACGUUAUGGCAGCUACACCAUGUAAGCCUAAAUGUCUCCACAAAGUUCCGUGUAGUAUUUAAAGGCACAAAGGGUGCUGGAAGCUCCACAGGUGGGCUCUCUUUGGACGAUGUCAAUCUUUCUGAGACCACCUGCCCAGAACAUGUGUGGCGGAUCAAGAACUUCAAAAGUAUUAUGGAAAACACACCAAGAGGCACUGCUAUAUACAGCCCACGCUUUCGUUCAAAGUAUGGAUACACCUUCCAGAUGGGCUUGUACCCCAAUGGCAUGGAGACUUCCGAGGACAUGGGAGCCUAUGCUUCUCUGACAUCUGGCGAUGACGUGAUCGAUGGUGAUCUCACUUGGCCUUGCCCAUGGAUGCAGAUUACUAUGAUGCUAAUGGAUCAGAACGCGGACAUCCGCAAACGCAUGUCCAACCAGAGAAGUUUCACAUCUGACCCCAAUCAGAAAGUAGAAGGAUCUACAAUGUUUUUCUGGGACAACCCACGAAAAGUUGGAAUGGAAGUAACAGAUGGGGAUGGCACUAAAUACUUCAGAGGACCAGGAUUCGGAACAUCUGUAUACCUGUCUCAGGCCAGAGCACUCAGCAGAGAAUUUAUCAAGGGUGGAGAUGCCAUCUUCCUUCUCAGCAUGGAAGAUAUCUCGCACUUGGUUUCUUCUCAGCCCCUCCCUCCUACAACCCCUACUUCUCAUCUCCUCCGUCCUACAACCCUUAUUUCUCAGCCCCUCCCUCCCACAACCCCUACUGAUGAUCUAUGUGCCUUGAAAAAAUGUGAAAAUGAUGGAGUGUGUGUGAUGGACGGUGUAAAAGCAGCCUGCAGGUGUGUCGUAGGUGACGACUGGUCGUACUACGGGGACAGAUGUCAGUUUAAGAGUUCGAUCCAAAACGGUGUGGUGACGGCAGUCGUGUCCACAGUUGUGGUCUUUGUCGUCAUGUUGGUGGUGAUUGUAGUGAUCGUGGUGUGCCUGAAGAAGAAGUAUAAGAAGAAAAUGAAUGACAUGGGGGGCGGUACUACCACACAAAACAACUAUGCAAGUUAACAGCACAAGGAAUCAUGUAAUCGGUAACGGUACUGGCAAUAUAAACUUGUGUGUGUAUAUAACAAGAAGAUUUCCAUGUCAUUUAAAUCUCAAGCAAAAUUAAACCGUUCCCAUUUUCAUUGGUUUCUGAA